AAACAUAAAGACUGUUAUUAAACAAGAAGUCACGGUGCCGGUGGAGGAGGUCUUUCUUCUUCACGUGCGGUGAGAGAUUUGUUCGUUCAUUGACAGUUACAUACGUACAGUGAAAAUUUGAACUUGAUAUGGAAAGCACAGUUCGUUACAAUGGUGGUUGCGACCUCUUCGACGGUCGCCUUGGCUGAGGAUUUAACAAAGGACACUCUUGGAAGGUUGCGCAUUCGGUACGUAAUGCCGGCGGCGCACCUGACCCUACGUGAAGAGGACGUCGUGAGACUGACCCUCGAGUUUCUGCACAGUCGAGACCUGCACAUAUCGCAGUUGUCGCUGGAGCGUGAAACCGGUGUGAUAAACGGUCAGUACAGCGACGACGUUCUGUUCCUUCGCCAGCUGAUACUGGACGGGCAGUGGGAUGACGUCCUGGAGUUCAUUCAGCCGUUGGAGGCGCUGCCGGAUUUCGACAUGCGGAAGUUCACCUAUUCGAUACUGCGUCACAAGUACGUGGAGCUGCUCUGUAUAAAGUCCGAGGCAAACGUGAUCGUGGGCGCAAACGGUAGCGUCGACAACGCGGUCGAGGAGGUGGUCAAGGUACUGAGUGACCUCGAGAAGGUCGCGCCCUCCAAGGACGAGUACUCGAGCCUAUGUCUGCUCCUGACGCUUCCAAGGUUGACGGACCACCUUCAGUACAAGGAUUGGAAUCCGAGCAACGCUAGGGUCCAGUGUUUUCGCGAGGUGUAUCCGCUGGUGGAGAAGUUUCUGCCGGGUGACAGGAAGUCUUCUGACAACACCGGCGUCGUAACAUCGGCAAAAAACGACAGGAUGAUACAACUCGUUAUAAAGGGGAUACUUUACGAGUCGUGCGUCAAUUACUGCCAGGCUAAGGCCACUGGGUCGAAGGAGAGCGAGCAGGUCGAGAUGAACUUCUCAAGGCUGCUGGAUGGCUCUGUUGGAUUCAGCGAUUCCGAUCUCAGCCUCCUCUCAUGGCUCCAGAGCAUACCUCCGGAGACAUUCGCCGUUCCCUUCGCUCAACGCACCCUCAACGUCGACGUCGAACGUCUCGAACGACCCUCGCUCGAGACGUCUUGGACCGAGCACAUGCUCAUAACCCCCAUAAAGCCAAAGACCUUUCCCCAUAGUGCUAUGCCGUUCACCAGGCCGCGUUCAGCCGCCGACAUGAUGUCCAGGAGUCUUGUACCCGCUCUCGAAGGUCUCGGAUCGCGGAGUCCGGGUCUUAAAAAUAAUCCCAUACCAUCGGCUGCUCUGAUGGCCAUGUCGACUGGUGACAUUAAUCCAAUGUCGAGGUCAUCUUUCGCCAGUUUUCAUCUGACAGGCUUUAAGAAUAACAAACUUAUGAACACUAGCGUUGACAGGCUCUUCGAGAACGAGGGUGACGUAUUUCUAAGCUCGAGCUACGCCGACUUUCAACAGCUACCAUCCAUCCAGGAGGCUGCCAACAACGUCGCUUCGCUUUCGAAAGCUCCUCCAAGGACCAGGGGACAGUCGAAAAGUCCCGAAGGGAUCAGAGCCGAUCCUUCGGCGGCUUCAACCCCCGAAAGGCGGAUGGCGGGUCGUGAAUCUCCGGCUCCAUCGACUGCCAGAAGUUCGCGGAGGGAUUCACUAGCGGAUAAACCACCCGGGGUGCAACAGAAAAUUCCUGAACCAACUUUACCCGUCGGUGUUGCCGCCCUCGUUGGACCCGAUGGCGAGAUUCUUGAACCCAGCUUUAACGGCGACUUGUUCAAAGAGUUUCAGAAGCAGAAACAGAGGCUACAGGAAACCAUACAGCUCAAAGAAAAGGAACGCGACGAACUUGUCAGGCAGUUGACUGCACCGCUGACUUCCAAUCAGGUCAAUGCAACCGACAACAGACUUCAGGAUGACACGAUGAAACAACCUUUGAACAGCAAAGGACCGUCGCCUGUUCAUUCAAGCACACCGAGCAGAUCGGGAAUCCAGUCGCCCAAACCGGCCACAAAUGGAACGACGGAUCCUUUGUCACGACAGAACUCAACGUCGAAUAAUUUCUACGAACAAAGACUACAGGAUGGAAUUUACGACGUUGUGAAACCUGCGGUCAAGCAGGAACCGAGACCCGACCUCGACGUCAGCAAUGGCAGCAGCAGCGGAGGUCGUCCAAGAUUUGUUCCCGUAACCGCUCUCGAGGAUGUUCAGGCUGUAAGAUGCGCCGAAUUUCACCCGCAUGGAAAAUUAUACGCCGUUGGCUCAAACUCAAAGACACUAAGAAUAUGCGCUUAUCCGAAACUCAGCGACGUUCGGGAGGACCACCAGACUUAUCAACCUACAGUUUUGUUCAAACGAACAAAACAUCACAAGGGUUCGAUUUAUUGUCUGGCAUGGACACCGGAUGGACAGCUUAUGGCAACCGGAAGUAACGACAAAACCGUCAAGCUGAUGCGAUUCAACGCUGAAAACUCGAACCUGGAAGGCCAGGAAGUCGAGCUGACGAUGCACGACGGCACAGUGAGGGAUUUAUGCUUCCUCGAGGACACGUCGAACAAAUCGAGUUUAUUGAUAAGCGGAGGAGCCGGUGAUUGUAAAAUAUACGUAACCGAUUGCGCGACCGGUACACCCUUUCAAGCAUUGAGCGGACACAGCGGGCACGUAUUAACGUUGUAUAAUUGGGGUGGAGCGAUGUUCGUUAGCGGAUCCCAGGACAAAACCGUAAGAUUCUGGGACCUCAGGACAAGAGGAUGCGUUAAUAUGGUCACACCGGCAACUGUUCCUGGUAGCAGACAUCUGAUACCGUUGCAGGUCGGAAGUCCGGUCGCAGCUUUGUGCGUCGAUCCCUCAGGAAGACUUCUCGUCUCUGGACACGAGGACAGCAGCUGCGUUCUAUUCGACAUACGCGGUGGUCGGACAGUUCAGUGCUUCAAGCCCCACGCGUCCGAUAUUCGAAGCAUCAGGUUUUCACCUUCCGCUUAUUAUCUCCUCACAGGUGGAUACGAUAAUAAACUUGUUUUGACCGACCUGCAAGGCGAUUUAACGAUGCCGUUACCCAGCGUCGUCGUAGCCCAACAUCAGGACAAAGUCAUAUCCGGUCGCUGGCAUCCGACUGAAUUUUCAUUCCUCAGCACCUCCGCCGAUAAAACAGCAACACUCUGGGCCCUGCCUCCAGUUUAAAGAAAAUUAUUCUCGUUGUUGUUUUUGUUGUUGUUGUUGUUGUUGUCAUUACGGCGACGAUUAUUUUUUUCUGUUCGUUUUCCGUUUCUAGCGUGUGUUUAUCUUUAUUAUUAUUAUCAUCAUUAUUAUUAUUAUUAUCAUUUCUUAACUUUGACGAAGACGAAAAAUCAGCCCUAGUCGUGAUUUACGAAUUGCUACUCGACGUAUAUAUAUAUAUAUAUAUAUAUAUAUAAUGUCAAAAUAUAUAUGGUGUCAAUUUUUAAAUCGCGACUGUACGCAUAUUUACUUAUUUAUUUAUUUUAGCAUUUUUUUUUUUUUUCUUCAUGUAAUCAUGUUCUCGAACAUUGAAAGACUACCAUUGCGGUAAGACAGAAAUCUGUUGCCUUCUAUUCGCUAGAAUGUAAGACUUGUGUACCGUGUAUAGACACCUUGGAUAACCUGAAAUUUUCUUACCGAUUAUUGGUAAAACAUUUUUAUUCGCAGGACGAUCGAUCGUUCGAUCAGGAUCAGAUAGAAUUUAAGAAUAACAUGCCGCGAUAUUAUUCUGCAGUUCAAAAAGCGUUUACCAUGACUAAUAUUUAAUUAUUGAUUUUUUAAUAACGUAUAAUCUUAUUUCGGUUCUUUCCUGCCUCAAUUUCACGGGAUAUAAUCGCUUGUAAAAUAAUGUGCGCAAAAAGAAACGGAAACGAAUUCGUAAGAUUUAUAUAAUUUUUAGACAAGUUUUGACCAUCGACAAAUUACGAGAUGAAUUUCUUGGUGGUGAUUGAUCUGGAUCUAUAAAUAUACUGUACAGCAGUUAAAAACUGUAACAAGACUGCGGGUCAAAAAAUUUUCCGUUCAAUUACACAUAAAAUGGUUAAAGAACGGGUAAACAAGCAUAUGAAUAUGAUAUUAUAAUAUUCAACGACAAUUUGAUUUUAUCGAAAGUUUGUUUAAUAAUAGUCACAAAUUAUGUUAUAAUGCUUCAUAAUUAUACACAUGAUCACGAUUAAUUUGCUUUAUCUUUAAUACGCGCCAGUGGUAACCAGUUAACCUAUUUUUUUUUUUCUUUUUUUUCCUCCUCUUUCAUACAUCGUCAAAUCGUUAAACAAACGCAAUGUAAAUAUUUGAAUGUGGUAAAACUUAAGAUUAAUGGUCUGAAUGUAACUGAGCUACUACUAUUAUUGCUACUUCUAUUAUCAUAACUCAUGUACAGAUUAUAAGACUCUAAUGAUUCUAAUAAUUAUACAAAAAUAACUGUAAACUAAGAAUAAUUUCUACUCGAAUAUUUUACCACGUGCAUGCAAAAUUUUCCACCUGUUUUGCUUCGCGAUCUUUCAUUUAUGGUGGAGUAUCAAUACUUAACUUCUUUUUAUUUCCGUUAUGUUUUUUUUUUUUUUUUUUUUUUUUUAAGUAACAUUAGUAUCUCUAUUGUACGAUUAUUCGAUAUCUUUACCCUUCAGGUAUUGACGUUUCAGAAUUUUAUGAAACCGCAAGGUAAACAAUUUUAUCUAUAAAGUAAUAUUUUAUUCAAUUUUACUGGAUCACUUGUUGCAUUCUUUUAUUCCGUAAUAUCGCAUUAUAGCAUUUCGUUGUUUUUUUUUUCUCCCACUUACAAAUUACGAAUCACACCAAAUAUAUGUAUCUCUAUUAAUAUUACAAGUAUUUCUAAUUUGUUUAGAUAAGAUAAGGUUGAACAUUAAAGCAGAUGACAAAUUAAGGAAAGAAAAGACGAAAAAAAGUUAAAAAAAAAAAAAAAAAUAAGUACUGAUCCAUACUAAAGGAAUAUUCGUAUUUAUUACGUAGUCGUAGCCGUGAGAGUAACCGAAGUAUUUAAUAUUCUAUAUCUAUAAUGUAAUCUGUUUUAUACCACAGGGUGCCAAUCGCACUUUUCAAUUUUUAAUUUUCUCACAACGCGAGCAAAGGUGAGGAUUUUAAUUGCUUACGUUUUCUUCCCUCUUGGAUAUUAUUUCGUACGACAGAGAGUUGAAAGAACGGAUAGAACGAGAUUAAAUAAAUACAAUGUAAAACACUAAGAUAGAGAUAAAAAUUGUAGAUUAAUUUAUGAAAAAAAAACAAAAAAAAAAAAAACUCAUCAUAUAUUACAUACAAUAUUACAGUCUUUUAUAUAAACUUGACGUUUAUUUGCAAACUCGUAACUGAUAAUGAAACUGAUAGCUGAAGUAAUCGUAAUAAAAAAAGAAAUUAAUUAUACUAAUGAUGAAUAGAAUUUACGUUUUAAUGGUAUUAAAAUUCAAUAUAAUUCAAGUGCUAAACGUAGUGAUGAAAAAUGUUUGUUAAAACACCCAAACGCACUUGAAAACAAACGUCUGAGGCAAUUCUCAAUGUAUAUUGCAAAGGUUAGACGAACACGCGUUUGUUUCACGGAAUCAAACGUAUAAUUACAACGUGAAAA